GAGUAAGGGCUAUCGAGGGAGUCAACCCUGGAGGAGUAAGGGCUAUUCAGGGAGUGAAUCCUGGAGGAGUAAGGGCUAUCGAGGGAGUCAACCCUGGAGUAAGGGCUAUCGAGGAAGUCAACCCUGGAGGGACUAAGGGCUACCGAGGAAAAGUCAACCCGGAGAAAAUAAGGGCUUAUCGAGGGAGAAAAAACCAAAGAAGGACUAAGGGCUAUCGAGGGAGUGAACCUAAGAGGAGUAAGGGCUACCGAGGGAGUGAACCCAGGAGGAGUAAGGGCUAUCGAGGGACGAAACUCGGAGGACUAAGGGCUAUCGAGGGGAGUAAAACCCUGGUUGGUAGGGGCAUCGAGGGAGUAAACCCUGGAGGACUAAGGGCUAUCGAGAGAGUGAACCAUUGA